AUGGACAAGAAGCACUAUAAGCUCAGGGCCCCGCAUCUUGAACGACUUGUGGAUUAUGUUGAUGACGGUGGCAACCUAGAGAGUCAUGAUGACGUCCCUAAUGAUAUCCGCCGAGACCUGGUCCUGGAAAGUCAGGCGGGAAAGAAAUCUAGAAAAGCUGACGACGCACAAGCAACGGGGGUGCCAUAUACUCCAAUCAGCAUCAAUGUGCUGCCGGCACAGACCACACGUGCCUCGGUGGUCGCUGAGCCGCCGGCCAGAUCUUCAUCUCCCGACCAGCAUCCUGUAAUCCCUGGGCCUCGAGAAGAAGCUGUCAGGAAGUACUGCAGAUGGCUGGAAUCACGGGCCACUGAUGAGGCGUACAAAGCUGAUUUUCGGAGGAUCUGCAAGGUAACCCAGGAAAAUCACCUAGAUCUUGAGCUAAUCCUCGAGGAUCCAGACCCUGGCUUCUUUGUUAAGCAAGGGAUCAAAACUGGAACUGCUCGCCGUUUUGUUCGCGAUAUCCAUGAAUGGGCCAGAUGUUUGAACACAAACAUGGCACUCGAGGAGAGCGCUUGGGAGGUUUUGGAUGAUGUUGUUGAAUAG